AUGGGUUACAGAAAGACGUUAUCGAUUCGACGAUUGAUGCUUAACUGGCAUAAUCAAAUUAAACUGGAAACACUGCAGUGGCAAUCUUUGCUAACUAAAUAUAUUGCCAAUAAGAAAACAAUCCAAAUGCUUGAAUUAUGUAAAGCUGAAAAUGUAGGGUUGAGAGAUGCUGCGAUCAAGAUAUUAAAAAACGAUUAUGGUAUCACCGAUGUUGUAAUGCCUAAAGAAGCAUCUCAUAAGCGCUCAUUUAAGAAAAGAAUUUCCAAGAAGAAAAGAAAUAAUUCUAGCAAUGAUAAAGAUUCCAAGACAUCGACCAAAAUUUUUACUAUUCCGUUAUCUAAAGUAAUUGCUAAUGAUGAAAAAUCCAGACAAGAUGAGAUUAAUCAAUUAAAGUUAGCUCAAAAAUCAGCAAAUACUAAAGGUGACGUAGACGCUGAAGAUAUCAAUCAGAUUUUUGCUAGCGCAUCACUCGGAAGUCCAAAAGCAUUUCGUCGAUCACUAAUUGCUGCACUAGAAGUUAACAAAGACUGUAAAAUGCCUAGAUUAAACCAAGGUCGCCGUAAACAAAAUAUACUGACUUCACCAAUUAUGGAAAGACGAAAUUCGAUCUUGGUUGAAGCAUUAACCUUGCCCUCUUCUGACGAAAAUAAACGUCGACAAAAUAACAACCAUCGAGAUCCUGAUGAAUAUGUUGUCCAACAACCUAAAAUACCAUUGAUCGUUACCAAAUCGAUCGAAUUUAUAGAAAAAAAUGGGUUGCGGGCAGAAGGUUUAUUUAGAAUAGCAUCAUCCAAGAAAAAGAUUAAGCAGAUAUGCGCGGAUCUUGAUAAUGGUCAACCGAUACAAUUUGACGAAAACGAACAUACACCACAUGAUGUUAUCUCCAUUUUUAAAGAUUUCUUUCGUUAUUUACCGGAACCCCUCUUAACAAGAGAGUUAUAUUCUUCCUUUUUAGCCACAAAAAAACUAUCGCCGGAAGAAAGAAAAGAAGCGUUAAAGCUAUUAUGCUGUAUUCUGCCAAUUCCCAAUCGUGACACUUUGAGAUCUUUAGUGGCAUUCCUAAAUAAUGUUGCUAAAAAUGCGGAUGAUAUCGUAACAAACGAUGGAGAAAAGAUACCAGGAAAUAAAAUGGAUAUCAGCAAUUUGGCUAAGGUUAUGGGCCCAAAUAUUUUGCAUAAGAUGAAAAAUGUUAAUCAAGAUUUCGCUGUCGAUAGCGCUGAUCGUGUUGAUGACACGCCUAUAGUUAUUGGCAUAACUGAAGAUCUUAUUGAAUUAAAUUCUACUCUAUUUGAGAUCUCCUCCAAUCUCUAUCGCAAGAGUUUCCUUGCGCUCCUGGAAAGGGAACCUGCCGCUGCCGUUCAGCUAUUAAACAAGAAACAAGAGCAAUUGCUUAGGGAGAAAGAAAGCAAUGAAACUUUAAAUCUGGGACAGAAACUGAAACGUGAUGAUAGUAAUACAAAAGAGACUGUUGACCGAUCAGAACUAACGGCAUCUAACUUAAGUUUGCCAUCUUCAACCAAUGCUGGCCUAAAACAAACUGAAAUUAUACCGAUAUCACAGGCAACAGUUAAUGGUAGCAAUACCGAGAGUAACCAAUCGGAGAACCAGUUCCAAGCGGCUAAGCAUCAUAAUAAUGAUAGCAUACGUGAAAAUCGAAGGCUUAAGACGACAUUGAAUCAACAGCAAGUGCAAGUUGGCAAUGAUCCAGCUACCUUAAAUCUUAACAGUUAUACGUCAUCUAGUAGCAAUAGUGAGAUAGAUUACCCCAAUUCUUCUUCUUCAGUUGCUACUACUAAUCCACUAUUACGGCGAUACAGUGAUCGAGUUAGUGACACCAACUUAUCAACAAUCUUAGCAGCUAGAAGCAACGAAUAUCACGAACCAGCAUCACCCUCGCGUCCUCGUGAAAAUAGUGUUGGUGACAUUAGUAUUAUGCCAACAUUUCGUCAUCAAGACGGACUACAUCAACAAACCAAUCGAGUUUCAAAUCAAGAGCAAUCUAAUAUGAAUAGCAAUGGUGGAAGCAGUAUCGCAGACGUUAAUAUAACAUCAACAUUUCAUAAUCAAGACAGUGUACGACAACAAACAAUACGAACACCAACACAAGAUUAUGGCAAUAGUAGUAGCAUUGUUAAUAAUGUUGAUCUAAGUAUAAUGCCAACAUUUCAACAUCAUCAUGAUGACGGACUACGUCAACAUAAAACUAAAGUGCCAAAUCAAGAUCCUGUCAAUACUGAUACUAGUAAUGGCAACUAUAGUAAUCGUAAUAGCAGAAUUACUCGCUCCCAGAGUACUAAACAUCGAUCUAGUCGUGAUCAUAGCUAUCAGGAAUAUCCAUUAAAUAAUUCAUUAAAUAAACCAAAUAAUAUGCCACAACGACGAAGUUCAUUCCAGUAUCGUAAUCAAACAUAUGACAAUUACAAUAAUAUAGCACAUGUAGAACAAUGGAAUCGUAAUGAAACUGUAGAUAUACAAUUUGCUACUUCAUCAUCGAUGGGUCAUCAUGAAGAUCGCCAACCAACGUCAUCACCUAACAUUUAUCAACCACCACUAGCUGCACCUGAAAAAGAUGAAUUCAGCCGUCAUCAUACUCAAAAUUAUCCUAAUGGUCAGCCACAAGGCAUACCGAAUCGAUCUAUCGAUCAAUUCAAUGUUGCCUUUAAAGCAUCACCCUAUCCAAUCAAUAAUCGAUAUAAUUCAUCUAGUAAUCAUCCAUUUGAAGGUGAAUACGGACGUGCUAGAUCCUCAUCUAAUUGUGAAUCAAAAAAUAGGUAUAAACAACCAGCAAAUACAAGUCCAGUAGCCUCUUCCUAUACAGCAUCUUCUCAAUUCCUAGCUAAAAGUGUUGAAAAUAUGUACACAGUACAAAAUUCAUCGAUUACCGGUAGUGGGGUAGAACAAACGCCUGGCUUACCCGCUGAAAUCCACUUAUUAAUUACGCCAACUCAUGGUGAUACAGAAAGAGGUGCAGAAAGAGAUGCGGAAAAAGAUCAGGAAUUAUUUGAAAAAAUGCAACACCAAUUUAAUAUGGGUACUACUCGAAAAGAUGUACAACAUAUUUCGUUGGUAUAA